UACCGACAGGUGCGUCUCGCAUCGUUUGUCAUUAAUAUUCGAACGUUUGAAGUGAAAACAUUGUUGUGCCUUUUCUAGAAAAAUAUUGGCGUACCACACAAAUGUGUUUACAUUCUUGAGUGGUGUCUCUGUAUUGGAUAAUGAUCAAAAACUCGAGCCGAUCCCGGAGGUAUAUCUGCACCCUUAUCAGCAUUGCAAGUGUAAGUGUGACACUACUGUUUACCUACUACCGUCCUACAAUUAGAAUACGAUACGAAGAUGUUCAAUCGAACAGUGGUCCCAUCACCGUGGAAAACGCAAAGUUGUACUACGAAUAUGAAUUACCCAGCUAUAAGCGUAAUUCAAAAACACCCCCCGGUGAUAUGGGUGAACCGGUAAUCCUGUCGAAAGAUUUGCCACAGGAAGCUAAAGAUAUAGCCGAUUUGGAGUUCAAAACAUUCGCACUGAAUCAGUUCGCUAGCGACUUGGUUUCGGUCCGGCGGAGACUUCCGGAUUACCGGGAUGAUUGGUGUAAAAAACCUGGUCGUUUUUUGACGCACUUACCCCAAACGACGGUGGUAGUAGUGUUCUACAAUGAACCUUGGUCAGUGCUGGUACGGACGGUUCAUUCCGUACUGGACCGAUCUCCACCUCAGUUACUGCGAGAGGUACUCCUAGUGGAUGACUUUUCCUAUAUGCCUCACACGAAAACUCAACUAGAUGAUUAUUUUGCAGAGAUUCCAAAAGUGCGUAUAUUGCGAGCCCCAGAACGACUGGGUCUAAUAAAAGCACGCUUAUUAGGAGCGAAGAAUGCAACGACUGAAAUUCUGACAUUUCUGGAUGCUCAUUGUGAGUGCAUUGCCGGAUGGCUUGAAGCUCAACUGGAUCGGGUAGCUCGUGAUCCUACAACAAUUGCAAUGCCCGCGAUAGACUGGAUCGAUGAGCAUAAUAUGGGUUACAUAUCGAACAAAUCCAUGUCCUACUACGGAGCUACCGAUUGGGGAUUUCAGUUUGCCUGGAGAGGUCGAUGGGAUAGAAAGGUACAACCCCCCAAUCGAUUGGAACCAUUCGAGACCCCGAUCAUGGCUGGUGGACUUUUCUCCAUUAAUCGGACGUUUUUCUCAUAUCUAGGAUGGUACGACGAAAACUUCGGCAUCUACGGUGGAGAGAAUGUUGAACUCUCUCUGAAAGCGUGGAUGUGUGGCGGUCGUUUGGAGACUGUGCCAUGUUCAAGAGUAGGUCACAUUCAAAAGGCCGGCCAUCCUUAUCUGCGGAAUGUACACACGGAUUGGGUGAGGGUUAAUACAGUUCGUGUUGCAGAAGUCUGGUUAGAUCAGUACGCACAGGUAGUCUACGAUAUGUUCGGUGGUCCUCAGUUUCGGGGAGAGUUUGGUGAUGUUUCGGAAAGAAAACAACUUCGGGAAAAUCUCAACUGUAAACCCUUCAAAUGGUACCUGGAAAAUGUGUUCCCGGAGCUGGAGGAUCCGGCUGGUCGGGGAGUAGGACAUGGAAAGUUGAAAAACGCUGAAACGGGCGCUGAUUUUUGCUUGCAGUACCCCCAUUCGGAGCCUCGUCCGAGCAUGGCAAAGUGUGGAGACGAUCCUCGUCAGCAUUGGGUCUAUAACAUGUUGGGGGAACUUAGUACCAACAACACCUGUGUGGACUAUACGGGAAACUCUUUCUACAUGUACAGAUGCCACAAAGGCAGAGGUAACCAGGAGUGGAGAUACUCGAAGGUCAGCAAGCAAUUUACGCACGUGAAGCACAACGAAUGCCUGGCCGUCAGUUCAGAUGCCGCUAGACAACUUAUAGUAGAAAAGUGCGAUCCGUUAAAGAAAUCCCAACAGUGGGAGUAUCCGUUUUUGAAUUUGAAUUAAUUUUUCUUAGUCUCGCGAACACUUUAAUUGUUGCACCAUGAGAAUAUGAUGUGAUUUGAGUUUCAAAAUGUGACUUUGGAAUUCAAAUGAAAGACUUUUUAAACAAUAAAAUAACGAAAUAUGGUUCAUCAAA